UUUACUACUACUGAGUUUUAGUGAGUAAGUACCUAUUCUCUAGUUAAUACUGUUUGCUCUAAACUUGCACAGUUUCAGGGAGUGCUAGGCACUACAGAUACUAAAAGUUUGCGCUUCUCAAGUGCCUAACCGCAGCCGGUAGAGGUAAAUAGGGGACAUGGUGAGGUCAUCGACUUGGAUGUACAUGCGAUCACGAAUCAUGAGUUAUACGGACAAGACAAACGAAGGUGUAUGAUAGUUUAUUAACCAGGUAAAUAAUGUUUAAUCUUCUUUCUUUUGUCAAUAUUAUCAUUACUUUAUCCUUCUGCUUAUCGGAGUCUCAUCUGCUCUAUAUCAACAAUAUUUCAUUAUUCCAAACACGUAACCUACAUAUCUCUACUUGAAUAAUACGCAAAACAAUAUGCCAGAAACGCUACGAGAGAAAGCAACCAAAAAGUUACAAGGCCCCGACGCCAACCCAAGCCAACUUGGUGACCCCAUCAGCAUCAAGGCAGAGCAAAGUAAUACUAUACCAACCAAGCAAGAAGGUGGUGCUAUUGAUGCUUCGGAGUCACCGUCUCGUGAUUCCAAACAGAGCAGCAAAAAUAGCAAGGGCAACGCGAACGGAGAUGGAGAGACCCUGAGAGAGAAAGCCACCAAGGAGCCUCAAGGACCUAACGCCAAUCCAAGUCAGCUAGGCGACCCGAUCAGUCUCAAGGCCGAGACAAGCGACUAUGUUCCUACUGACGAGGAAGAUGAUCCUCCUGGCGAGGAAGAGAGGACUCGCAAGAAAGAUUCGAAGCUUUAAAUUUACGAAGCUGGCCGCUUGUUAGUUUUAGAAGCACAAGAUGAUACUGGUCCAUCUUGCAAUGGUAUGUUGGACGUCACAUAGGAGUCCAUAGUAAAGAAUAAUGUAAAAUCAAUUUUAUGUUUUAUAUCGUGGUUUGCAUUAGUAAAUGCCAAUGCGCUGAUACGGUAAGCAAGUUUGAUUUAUUACCUAAUACUCUGGUGGCUUACAAUUGAAGCUUUGGAAUCAUUUCAACAACCCGGUCCAGCAAGAUUUGUCAUAAUACCAACGGACGAACGACGCAUGAUGAAUCCGAGAUUUGCUCCAAUCGUAAGAGACUAAACCUAACCAAACUAUGCGCAUACCUAAGGUAAGAACAUUAGUGCAAAGCUGCAAU